CCCCGCCUCAAACCUCGUUCUCGCGAGACUCGGCCGGCCCGGCGCGGCGAGGCCGAAGCGCUCCGGGCCGUUUUCAAACCGAGCAUCGCGGGGCUGCGGCCCGGCCACGAAAUGGCGGAGAACGACAAACCGGAGGCUGCGGCUGCUGCGCUGCAGCGAGGGGCCGAGGAGGCCGCCAUGGCCGGUCAGCCGCCACCGCAACAGCAGCAACCGCCACCGCAACAACAGCCGCAACAACAGCCGCCGCAACGUGAGGAGGCCGCGGCGGCGACCGAGAGCGGUGGGGGCAGCGCAAAUGGCGUCAAAAUGGAUAAUGAUGAGACGGCAAAAGAAGAGAAAGCACCAGUGAAAGAGAAGCAUGCAAAACCGAAGGCAAUCCCUUCUCUGGGAAACAAGAAUAGAUUCCACCCUUAUUCAAAGGAGAAGAACGCAGGCAGUGCAGAGAAGAAGACUAUUAAUCGUAAUAGAGUUUUCAUUAGCAACAUCCCAUAUGACAUGAAAUGGCAAGCUAUUAAAGAUCUUAUGAGAGAGAAAGUUGGUGAGGUUACAUACGUGGAGCUGUUUAAGGAUGCUGAAGGAAAAUCAAGGGGUUGUGGUGUGGUUGAAUUCAAAGAUGAAGAAUUUGUUAAGAAAGCGUUAGAAACUAUGAACAAAUAUGAUCUUAGUGGAAGACCACUGAAUAUUAAAGAGGAUCCUGAAGGUGAACACGCUCGCAGGGCAUUGCAGCGCGGAGGAGGACAAUUUGCAGGAGGACAUGGACCUGAUAUUGCACCUGGAUUGAUGAAUUUACCACCUUCUAUUGUCAAUAAUCCAAACAUUCCUCCUGAGGUUAUCAGUAACUUGCAGGCAGGCAGGCUUGGGUCCACUAUUUUUGUUGCAAAUCUUGACUUUAAAGUUGGUUGGAAGAAGCUAAAAGAGGUAUUCAGCAUUGCUGGAACUGUAAAGCGUGCAGACAUCAAAGAAGAUAAAGAUGGCAAGAGUCGAGGAAUGGGAACAGUUACCUUUGAACAAGCAAUUGAAGCUGUUCAAGCAAUAUCUAUGUUCAACGGACAAUUCCUGUUCGAUAGACCUAUGCACGUAAAAAUGGAUGACAAAUCAGUCCCUCACGAAGAUUUCCGCGGUGUGGACAGCAAAGCUCCUCAGUUACCUCGUGGUCUUGGUGGCAUUGGUAUGGGACUUGGACCAGGUGGGCAGCCCAUUAGUGCAACACAGUUGAGCAUGGGUGGUGGAAUGGGGAACAUGGGUCCAGGAGGUAUGGGAAUAGAUGGUCCUGGUUUUGGCGGAAUGAAUAGAAUGGGAGGCGGGCUACCUGGAUUUCGCGGAAUGGAAGGAAUGCCUAAUAUGGGAGGAUUUGGAGUCAGCCGGAUGGGAGAAAUGUUCCGUGGUGGAAUGGGAGGAAACAUGGACAGAGACUUUGCUCGUAGUGAAAUGGCACUGAACCGUGGUUUUGGAGAUUCUUUUGGAAGGAUGGGUGGUGCAAUGAUUGGUGUUUUUGCCGGAGGAAUGGGAGCACCUAGAAUGGGCCCAGUGGGAUCUGGAAUGAGUGGUGGAAUGGGCGGUAUGAACAGUAUGCCCGGAGGAAUGGGAAUGGAUCGGAUGAGUGCUGGCUUUGAUCGAAUGGGACCAGCUAUGGGUGGAGGCCUGGACAGGAACAUUGAUAUAGACCGAGGGUUUGUGCCCGGCCCAAUGGGAGGUGCCAUGAAAGAGAGAUUGGGUUCUAAAGGCAACCAGAUAUUUGUGAGAAAUCUCCCUUUUGACUUGACCUGGCAGAAGCUAAAGGAGAAAUUCAGUCAGUGUGGUCAUGUAAUGUUUGCAGAAAUAAAAAUGGAGAAUGGAAAAUCAAAAGGCUGUGGAACAGUCAGAUUUGACUCGCCAGAAUCUGCUGAAAAGGCCUGUAGGAUAAUGAACGGCAUAAAAAUCAGUGGCAGAGAAAUUGAUGUACGCUUGGAUCGCAAUGCAUAAUUUAAAACUGUGUUCAGGAACAUUCCUAUGUCUGUUUAGCUUCUCUAUCCUAGUAAGUCAUUUUUAGUAACAUUGUAUGCUUACGAAAGCUGUAAAAAGGAACUUUUAAAUCCCACCAGCCUUUAACAGUAUAGUGUUUAAUAUACUGUGAUACUUGUUAACUGAAUCUUACGAUGUUUGGUUUUUAAAGACAAUUAGCCUGAUUUUUGUUGUUUUUUUAAGAGGCACUGAGCACCUGUAGGUUCCGUUAGACUAUGGGAACUUUGGAUGCUUGGCGCCUUUGGAAAAUUAGGCCAAGUGUCUCUCUCUAGUCAUUCAGUUUAAAUGAAUGGUUAUACUGUUUUUAAUAAAAUAAGCCAUUUUCUCUGUUAAGAUUGCAUAGUGGGAUUUGUUUAGUGUUUCCUGAUUUUAUUUUAUUUUUUCCCAAGCUCUUGUAUCAACAUUGUAAUGUAAAAACUAGGUGUUUGGUUUUUUUUUUCCUUCCAGAAUUCUAGUUUUAUGUGCUUGUUGUUGUCAUAAUGUAAUUCUUGACUCUAAAGGAAAGGGCUCCAAUUAGGCUGUGAUGUUUUUGUUCUACUUAAUAUUACUUUAAUGCCAUGACUUAGUUCUGUAAAUAAGAUUAAGAGUCCAAUGGAAGUCUUGGAUUUUUUUUUUUUUAUUUGACUAAAUGAAGAAACUGAUCUUUUUCUCUGGCUUUUAUUUUUCAUCAGUAUAAUCACUGAUUAAAACUAGUUGCCACAGACCCUUGUAGGAUUGUUCCCUAUGAUGCCAAGUUCAUAUAAAAUUGAUAAUACAGUAAAUACUAAGUAGAGUAUAAGACAAAUUGCUCCCAAUUUUUUAUCUAUUUUCCAGCCAUUCAGGUGAAUUGCCAGAAAAAUAAAAACAACUGAACAGA